AUGUAAAUAGAAUAUUUCCACAUCCUUCAUUACAUAGAAAUAUUUAAUGAGAUAAUAUAUUAAUUAAGACAAAUAAUAGGAUAGGUGAUUUUGGAUUAGCAUUUAAGUUAUCAUAAUAGGAAUUUACCAAGUCAAUUCUUGGAAGACCAGAUUUAGGGCUCCUGA